AUGACUGAAUGGAGUGAAUUUCGUCCUCAACAAAAAUUAUUGGAUUCAAAAUUUGAUGGUUACCGUUUAACACUCGAACCACUUGCUCAAUAUACAUUAAAAUUCGAUGACAAUAUUCAUGUACAAAAAGAUGUUGAAUUAAUUAAUGAUUUAUAUUCAUAUAAUGGUCUUAAAGGUUUUAAAUCUUUAAAUAAACUUUAUAUGAAUAAUAAUGAUUUGUAUUUUAUUGAUCAAAUGCAUUCCAUACAACAAAUCAAUCUUUCAUCAGAUCAAUCUCUAUCACAUUUACAACAACCAAUAAAUGUUUAUCAAUUACCAAAAAAUUCCUUAAAUGGAUCAAUGUUUUUUCUAACAAAUUCACUUGUUUGUUUAUGUGAUGGUCGUUCAAAAAUAUUUAUCUUAAAUACAAAUAAUUCGAAAUGGAAACUUUUAUAUGAAGAAGAUUUCGAAGAAUCUGUUACAUCACCAAUACGAAUAUUACAUGCUAUUAGUCAUGAAGGUUAUUUACAUGUAAUACUUGGUUUUAUUCAAACAGAUUGUCAUUUAUUGUGGGUAACAUUUUCAAUAGGAUCAUCUAAUGAAAUUAAAUUAACAAGAAAACGAAUAUUAAAUGGAAAGAAAUGGCCAGAUUUUGUGGCCAUUGAAGCCAAUGGACAAGGACUAUAUAUAACUGCUGAAGGAUUAUACAAAUUUAAAUUUGAUUCUUUAAUUGAGAUUAAACCAGAAGAAAUUCCAAAAGAACCAGUACUUGAAAAGAUUGAAUCACCUCUUCAUUAUGUUUGGUCACAAUCACAUAGUACUAUUGAAAUCGAAAUUGAUUCGAAUACAAAUGAUUCACAACAAUGGUCAGUUAUUAUCGAAUCUGAUCAUCUUAAAUGUUCAAUGAACGAUACUGUAUUAAUCGAUGCAAAACUUUCUGAUAAUAUUGAUCCAAAAGAAAGUUCUUAUGUAAUUACUAAGGAUAAAAAUAACCAAUUAAUAAUAACUCUACAUAAGACAAAUAUUGGUUCAUUUUGGAAUGAAGUCUUUAAAGAAGGUCAAACUAUAUCAGGUGAUAUUAAAACAGGUAAUAUACCUGAAAUAAAUAACACUAACAAUGAUGAUGAUGAUGAUGAAGUUAAACAACCCUAUAAUAGUCAACAACUUGAAGAAUGUGAUCAAUAUGCAAAUGAAACCGAUACAUUUUUAGUACGAUUUGAUGGUGAUACACAUCGUAUAACACAUCAAGCAUUGAUUUAUAAUCAAAUUCUAUUUACAAAAUUAGAUCCACCAUUAUUAUGUAUUCGUCAUGAUGUUGAUGGACUUAUUUGGCAAAUAAAUUCUAUAACAUCUAAUGAGCAAGCACCUUGGAAUCAUGAAGCUACAUUAAAUGCUUUUGGUUAUGUUCAAGCAUCGAAACAAAAUCGUAAAUUUCUUUCGACUCCGUCUGAUUAUUCAUAUGCAUUGAUAUCUGAUAUAUCUACACAUUUAUAUCUAUAUAAACAACAAGCUCCUGCAUCAAAUCUUGCUGGUUCAUCAUUACGUAAUCGAAAGACUGGCAAACUUGUUGAAAGUAUUGCAAAACAACAUAUGAUAUCACUUGAAAAUCAUGAUGAAAUUCUUGGAAUUAUUACAACAAAUGAACGCGCAUAUAUUUUGACUGAUAAUCAAUUAUUUGUUAUUUCCAUUUGA